UCCGUGUGAACGACUAGGACCAACCCGGAACUUUAAAGUGACCUAAUCUGUUCUGGAAACUCGAAACAAGGACUUUUUCCUGCUGCUCCGAACUCCUCCGAUGAGUCCGGGAGGAAAACACACGUUUCACUCCUGAGCUUCUUCCUCCUGGAGGCGGAAUCCAGGUUCCCAUGCUCGAGGCUCCGGCCGCGGCGGCUCCUGCAGGACAGUAGCCUCGACUCGUCUCUUCUCACCAGUUUACAGAGUGGUGGAAUCUCAAGGUGACAAGAUGCCACAGCAGAAGGACAUAGUGAAGAUCGCGAUCCAGAUGCCUGGGGCCUAUCCCCAGCUCAUACAACUGGAUCAGAAAAAGCCUCUGUCGGCUGUAAUAAAGGAAGUGUGUGAUGGCUGGAAUCUCCCAGGUCCUGACAACUACGCCCUGCAGUAUGCUGAUGGAGUGCAAACGUACAUCACUGAAUCAAAUCGUCUGGACAUUAAGAACGGCUGCAUUCUGCGUCUGACCAAGGGCCCGGGUCGCUGUGCCGAGGACCUGUUCAAGGGCAUCCAGAGCUCGGACUCGGGCGUGCGCUGCGAUUCGCUGAAGGAGCUGGCCAACGUCUCCACAGACGUGACCUUCGCUCAGGAGUUCAUCAGCAGAGAUGGACACCUCCUACUGGUCAAGAUAGUGGAGGAUGCUAAGGAGAGUAAUGUGAUCAUGACGCACACACUGACAGGCUUCAUGGAGCUGAUGGAUCACGGGAUAGUUUCCUGGGAGAACCUCUCAACCAUCUUCAUCAAGAAGAUCGCCAGCUUUGUCAACGCUAAGGCGGCAGACGCGUCAAUGCAGCAGGUGUCCCUGGACAUCCUGGAGAGCAUGGUGCUGAGCAGUAACGGCCUCUUCCUGCAGGUCAAACAGGAAGUCACCAUGGAGAGGCUGGUCGCUCAUCUCCAGGUGACCAACCAGCAGAUCCAGACCAAAGCCAUGGCCCUGCUCAUGGCCCUGCUGCAGACGGCCGGGGACUCGGACAGACAGGAUAUGUUUGCUUUCCUGAAUAAGAAGAAUCUGCGUCAGUACAUCUAUAAGAACAUCAUCCACAGUUCUGCUUCAGUCCAGGACGAGAUGGCCCACUACCUCUACGUCCUGCAGUCGGUCACGCUGAAUCACCUGGAGCCUCGCAUGAGGACGCCUCUGGACAGCUACAGUCAGGAUCAGAGAGACGUCCUCCACGGUUUGCGUCAGGCGGCGUUUGAGACGGAGACUGAAAACAGCCUGAGCAACGAGAGGCGCCGCUCGCUCUGUGCUAAAGAGUUCAAGAAACUGGGAUUCUCUAACAACAGUAACCCUGGUCAGGACUUGGUGCGGACGCCUCCUGGUCUUGUAGCUUUGGACACCAUGACUUAUUUUGCUUCACGUUAUCCUGAUGCCUACAGCAGGUUUGUUCUGGAGAACAGCAGCAGAGAGGACAAACACGAGUGUCCAUUUGCCAGGAGCAGCAUUCAGCUCACACUCAUCCUGUGUGAGAUUCUUCGUAUCGGAGAGCCACCCUCAGAGACGGGAUCUGACUACCACCCCAUCUUCUUCAGUCAGGACCGACUCGUGGAGGAGCUCUUCUGCGUCUGUAUCCAGCUGCUCAACAAGACCUGGAAGGAGAUGAGAGCCACACAGGAGGACUUUGACAAGGUGAUGCAGGUGGUGAGGGAGCAGAUCACCAGGACGUUGUCCAGUAAGCCCACGUCCCUGGAGCUCUUCAAGAACAAAGUCAACGCCCUCAACUACGGCGAGAUCCUGAAGCUGCGGCAGACGGAGCGGCUGCACCAGGAGGAGACACUCGCACCUCCUGUACUGGAGCUGAAAGAGCGUCUGAAGCCGGAGCUGCUCGAGCUGAUCCGUCAGCAGAGACUCAACCGACUGUGUCAGGGAACCAAGUUCAGGAAGAUCAGCAGCCGCCGGCGACAGGAUAAACUGUGGUACUGCCGCUUGUCACCCAAUCACAAAAUACUUCACUACGGCGACUUGGAGGAAGACACGGACAAUCCACCGAUAGAAACACUGCAGGAGAAGAUUCCAGUAGCAGAUAUCAAGGGGCUGCUGACGGGAAAAGACUGUCCUCACAUGAAGGAGCACAAAGGCAAACAGAACAAGGAGGUGCUGGACCUGGCCUUUAGCCUCACAUAUGUAGAAGAGUACAGUCUGAACUUCAUCGCACCCUCCAGGACUGACUUCUGCCUGUGGACGGACGGCCUGAGCGUCCUCCUGGGCCGGGAGAUGAGCAGUGAGUCCAUGCGCAGCGAGCUGGACAUCCUGCUCUCUAUGGAAAUUAAGCUCCGCCUCCUGGACCUGGAGAACGUCCCCAUCCCGGACAGUGCGCCGGUCGUCCCCAAACCCCCGAGCAACUUCAACUUCUGCUACGACUUCAGCCAGACCGAGCAGUAGAGUGUGUGCACGGGCUGGAUGUGUGAAUGUGUAAAUAUAUAUAUAAAUGUAUGUGUGUGUGCAUGUGUGUGUGUACGUGGUGAGAUUUUACCAGUGCAUCCGUGCACUUAUUAACAGAUUUAUAAUCCUGACAGUAGAAGUUUCCUCUGUGGCUUGUUUCUAUACAAUGAAAACAAGGAAACUCUUAAAACUACGGCAGCGGGUUGUUGGUACGAAUCCUCACCACGAGUCUUAUUGACUGUUCCGAGGCUGCGGAUCAUCACUUCCCAUCUGAGGAAGUUUGACUUCUAUCUGACUUCCAUCUCUUGAUGUUCAGCUGCCUGGGAGCUUCCAUAAACAACAGAGACUCCAGCUGCUUGCACACCUGCACUGAAGUCUUUACAAAACCUUUCCUUCCAGCCCCCUGGUAAAAUGUCCGUGUGAACACAUUUGAGAAUACAGCGAGGAAAUGUCCGGAAAGUUCAAAGUGAGUUUCUAAUAAGUGACGAACGGGUUUCCAGAUGAAAACGAGGCGUCAUAGAGAACCUUCAUGAAGUUUUCCAAUUGGAAGGACAAUGAGAUUACAGAGCUUUUGGCUGAGGCCACUGAGGAUGUGUGUCCUGAACUCGUCUGACCCGGACAAGCUCCUUCUGCCUUCAGAGUUCAUGUCUAACAACAUCUUUUGAGAAAAGAGAUUCUCCAGUUAUGGUACUUCUUUAAAAUGUUAUUGUUCAAAUCAGUUUUGUAUUUCUAAACACAUCUAUAGCUCUGCAUGGUACUUUGAGUGUUGCCGUGUUGGAGGCUGCUCAUCACUGCUCCUGGUAGAGCACAUUUCUCUUAUAUUCCUUUCUGCCAUUUCAGUUUGUUUUUUAAAUGGGCAUUAACACUGAUUUCUCAAGAUGUGGUGCAUUAGACUCAUUUUCAACAGUUUACAUAGAGAAACACAGUAUGUUUUCAGUGUCGGACAAUGUUUUGCUUAAAUAUAUGUUCGGGUACUCGCCUGCAGAUCCCAGUGGCUCAGUGAUGACGGAGCAGAUCUCAUCAGGUACCGAGCUGACUUCCUCCCCCUCUUUAUAAUCAUGACCGUCAAUAAGCAUUUGUGCAACUGUCCCAUUCAACAGUUUGGAAAUUAGAAAACAUCCUGAUCUUUAGAUUUGUCAUGAAUUAAAUCUAAAAACCUGGUCAUGUUAUAAAAAAGGUACGUGUUCUAAUGUGAGGCUCAAGUCACAUCAAGCUUUCAGUAGCUGCUCGACAACUGACAGCUCUUCAGUAUAUCACAGUAUGUUUGAGUAUCCCCCCCCCACACCUCUGAUUAUAUCCACUUUGAAUCCU